UCGCGAUAAGGCGCGACCGUAUCGGAGUUUUCGUCGAUUGGCCGCGACCGAUCGUCCCGUGCCUCUUCGCGCGGCCAGUGAUUUUACGAACCGAACCGCCUGGACUCCGAUCGCCGAUCAGUGCGACUACACCAGACGUUGACGACGAAUCCGUUCCUCGUUCCCUCUUGUUAUCGAUUUUCUAUUGUGUGAAACUCGUCAAAGUGUCGCCGCGGAACCGGAGGAACGCUCGCCGUCGGUGAAUCCCGGUUUGGAUCGCGAUCACGUUCCAUGUCUGGCUGUCGUCGCGAAACCUGCCGCUGUACCCUGGCGUCGCAUCGACAGCGGCAGGUCAACCGCGUCAUCUGUGUGCCCGUACCUCGCCCGGAAGCAUGAGAGCCAACGAAAACGGGGAGGAUCGAUUCGGCCAGUUGGUCCUGGAGAACAGGACGAAGCGUCGCAAAGGCUGCCGCGUCCUCUAAGGCGGAACGUACCGGGUCCCAUAGUUAUGCGAGGAAUCGGUUGCCCCGGGAACAUGGAAUUCGGUCGUGGCGCGCGAACCGACGACUCGCUGCCCUCGGUGUGCACUUCCGUUUCCCGUUUUCGGAUAAAAUAGAAGCUCGUCCUCCCCACCCCCCGUAUCUCUUUCGUUCUCGCGAAGUCGAAAGGUGGAAGAGAGAAGUGCGAUGGUAUUGGCGUACAGGUACUAAAAAAAAAGAAAAAAGUGAAAGAUGGUCUCGCGUUUCGUUGAUGGCAAACGAUACGUCUGAACGGCGAGUUUGAAAACCGCGGAGCAUGAUCGCGGUAAAUCAUUCAGGAUUUCGUCGAGAGAUCGGAACAGAGUCCAAAGAGCGACGCCCGAGUCUUUGGGAAUCGCGAUCUAGAAAUUCAAACGGUUACGGACGAUAGCGUCGACUCUGAGAGAGAAUAGAUCGUUGGGAAGGAUCGACGAAGAGGGGUGUAAGAAGAGGAAGAAGAAGAGGCUAGAGUAUCGUCGUUAAGGCCCGGUGGGCGAAAUCGGUGUUCUCGUAUUCCGAGUGACAGGUACACGAAGGGGGUGUCGGUCGCAGAUUGGAUGGUUCCGCGGGGGUUAACCCUUGGGAGGUCGAUUUGGGAGCAGCCAGAGCCGGAGCAGCAACGUUUCUACGACUCUCCGCCACCACGGAUGGACGUGAGCGUGUGCUGCUUGCCCGCCAGUGCCGGCUCGGGGGCCCAGCACCCUCAUCCAGCGAGUUUGCCUUCCGGCGGACAACCGACGAUUCAGCCACCCUAUCAGUAUGCCGAUCAGAUAGUGCCGGAUCGGGGUCAGCCCGACGGAUUGCCGGUACUCGGCUGUACCGGCCAGGACAACUGGCAGCAGAUCUCAUCCGCUUCCAGCGUCGCCGGGGCUGUCACCGCCACUACCACUACCUACAUCGAUUACUCUUGGCUGCAGAUGCAGCAGACGUCGGACCUGGACACGCUGCUGUGUAGACAGGACCUAGACCGGCUGCAGAAACUCGACGAAGAUGACCCGGAGAAGGACACGAGGGAGUCCUCGAUGCAGAUGGAGGACUUCUUCGAGGUCGGGGGCCCGGUGUGCCGGCCCCAGGCGAGCUUCGUCUCGGCGAGGAGUCAGCCAGCGGGUAACGACGACGACGUGUUCCUCAGGCCGCCCCUCUGGGAGGACAUCACCUCCAGUAUCCAGAAGCUGGACCCCGAGAACGCGGACAUGCUCGGUUCCCAGUCUCACGUCAAGAUGGAGACCGACGACGUGACGUCCCCUGUCCUCUCGCCAGUCGAGAUCAAAACCGAGCCACUGCCGCCGCCCCCGACAUUGCACCUACUCGAGGCGCCCGCCUCGAACCCGGUGCAGACGUUCGCGAACGGCCACCCGAAUCCACCGACGGGGCCCCAGGUCGUCCACCAUCGGACCGCCACGCCCGCGUUCAAGACCUUUCCCUCGAACAACAACAACAACACCACCAAUAACAACAACAACAACAACAACAACACCAGCGCCAACAACAACAACAGCAACAACAACAAUAACAACAACAACGACACCACGUCGAAUCAUCACGGGGGCGGGAACCAGGUCGCGGGGGCGGCCACGUCCCCGCUUUACGGCUCGAUGACCAGGCUGAUGUACAUUUCGCCGUUGACGCCGCCGAUCUCCGACCCCGGUUCCCCGAUCGGGGCCCCGCCGAGACGGACACCGCCUCCCCCCUAUCCCCAACCCUCCAUCAUGAAUCCUGCUCACAGGAUGCAGCAUCCAUCGAUCAACACCAAAUUCAACAGGCGGAACAACCCGGAGCUCGAGAAACGACGCGUCCACCACUGUGAUUUCAUAGGUUGUACAAAGGUCUACACAAAGAGUUCCCACCUGAAGGCGCACCAGCGGAUACACACAGGUGAAAAACCGUACCAGUGCCAGUGGCCAGAAUGCGAAUGGCGGUUCGCCAGGAGCGACGAGCUGACUCGCCACUAUCGAAAGCACACCGGCGCGAAGCCGUUCAAGUGCGCCGUGUGCGAGCGCUCGUUCGCCAGAAGCGACCAUCUGGCCCUCCACAUGAAACGACAUCUUCCGAAGCAGCACGCCAAGUGACCGCCUAGCCGCACGUCGAAGUCACCGGCCAAGGUCCCCGCGAACGUUUUCGACGUCGAAACCGAGGAAGAUCAGGAGGGAAUCCGAUUGUCCGGCGUGGUCCUCUGAUUCGAGACACCUCUCGCGGAAGAUCUCGUUCUGUUUGUCCUCGCGGGGGAACGAUCGCCAUUGCCAAACGAUCCGUCGAGAUUCCGUGAAAGAAUUUUCGUAGCCUCGAUCGUUUGCUUUUGCCCGAUGGCACUUGGGACGAGCCAAUUAACGAAACUCUUAGGUACGAUCGUGUAUAGUGGCUGGACCACUAUAGCGCCACGUUUUCGAAUUCGGUAAUCCCCCGAGACACCCUGUUCGCCGAGUGUUCGCUGCCAGGUACAUAGAAAGACGGAUGGGGUAACGUAACUGAACUAAACAGAGUACGUCUACCUUCGUAUAUUUAAUGAACGUGGAUGUUUAAGUGCUAUAAAUCAGCAACUAGCGUUUUAAAGAGUUUUUGCGAAUCUAACUUAAACAAAAUAUUUAUGUAAGCUCGUCGUCGGAACGCCAACUGUAAAUCAUCGGCGUACGUUUACGAACGAACACUGUCUUGUAAAUCAAAAAUGAUCGUGUACGAGCCCGCUUUUCGAUUUGCAUUCGUUAAAUGCUAUGGUAAUUGCUCGAUGGCGCGCGUCAUGCUCUUCUUUUCCUUUGUCGAAAUUUUUCUGUGAGAACGAUCCCCCAUUUUCCAAGGCUCGAUCGUUCGCGUAAUUCAGGAACAGCGAAGCGCCUUGAAGAAUCCGCGCGCGCGCGGAAUGUGUAACUCGGAAUGUUCUUGAAAUUCGUGAUUUGCAUCCGAUACCGGUUUCGCGGCGUAUAAAUUGCCGUGUAAAAAAAUUUAAUGGAGUCGCGAUACUGCGACGAAAAUUUCGUUCUUCCGGUAAUCGGAACGUUUAAAUGUCGAGGCGCUUUUCCGUUCGUCCGGCGGGGAUAUUUCGAUUACGUUUCGCGUGAAAACGCUUAUCUGACGCGGGCUGUUCGACGUUUAAGAGUAAAUAUAUGUUUUCUGGGUGCUGCCGCGAGUACAGUGGCCACUAUGUAUUUUAUAUACCGUCGGAUAGAUGAAAUGUUUUAACGGGUGAAUGGGACUGCAAAAUGGCGCGAGCGUCGACGCUGAAUCGCACGGGGGAGAGCAGUGUUCUUGAUUCAGCGUUCCAAAGACUGUUGAUUUAUGCGGAGUGAGACGGAAUGGAAUAAAUUUCUUUUGGUCUCCUUAAAGGGGGGAGUCCCGUGCGAAUGAAAGAAAAUUGAACCAUUUUUCUUAAUUUUUUUUUUAAGGGAAUAUCACAUCUGAUGUUAUGAUUCUUUUUUGCAGUUUACUUGGCUAUCCUUUGGGAAUAGAAGAUAAUAUUCUACGAUCCACAAUAUUUCAAAUCGUUAUGGAAAAAUUGUUUUCGA